AUGAAAGAUCCAUUUUCAUCACCCAUCCCUAUGUUACGAGAUGACACAAAUUAUUCUCCACAACAAAAAACAACUGAUUAUCGACUAGUGUCAAAUCCAUUUGAUCCACCAACAUCAGUUCAUCUUAAACAAAGACUCGCUAGUUUUAGUAUAUUUAAUGACCAACAAGAAAAUAAUUCUGUUGUUGAUGUUCUAUCAAUUGAACGUCGUGCACAAGUAUAUCCAUAUCCACUGAGUGAACAUAUUGUUCAGAUCGAUACAUCUCUCUUUAAUCAAGAAAUGCGUGAUCGAUAUCAACGAGCUUCAGAUGAUUUUUGUCAAACGCAACUUGAUUUACCGACACCUAUUACAACGAAUGACAUACCAAAAGCAAAAAAUCAAUCAUGGUCAAAUAGUUCAUCAACUACUUCGAGUUCUUUACUUGAUCAAACUCGAACAAUUAGGCAUAUGGGUUGCCAAACACGCCUUUCUCUGCCACCAGCGGCUGAUCUUGAUUCAUUAAUACAAAGUUUUGCUUCGAACAGUGAUCAAGAUGAUCCACCUGUUGCUAUAUCAAAUUCAUCAUUAAAUGUUUCUCAAAUACGAAGAAAAUUAUUUUCCGAUGAAGACGAUCUACUGGACGAAACACCACAAAUAUUACCAGCUCGACGUUCAUCUUCAUUCGAUCCUGCACAACGUUCUUCGAGUCCAAGUCAACAGCAAAAUCGAGAAAACAAUCUAUAUCGACAUAAAAAACCAAUCACACCAGAUUGUUCUCCGAUACCAUUGAAAAAUACAACAAAUUCAACAAAAAGUUCUCAACAAGACUUCUUUGCAUUUACUCCCGAAUCAGAAGCUGUUGUGAUGACGUCAGUAUCUCGUCCAAUCCGUCAUCUAUCGCAUAUUUCUUCGCCGAUUACAAACAUGUCUAUUGGUUCACCUUUUAUACACCCACCUCAAAUGCCUAGUGAUUAUGCUCGACAAGUACUGGAUAAUGCACUCGCUGAUUUAAUGGAAUGUUCAAUGUGA